AUGUCCCGUAGAGUGGCCCCUUUCCCGGUCUGCGAGCUGCUCUGUUCGGCGAUUCUGUUGGCUUCCGUGGACCGUGCCCCAUCGCCGCCCGCGAGAGUACACGUCAUCAGGGACCCAAGGAAUGGCCCGCGAUGGGACGGCGGCAAGAUCUCGCUCCACUACUCGAACCCCAAGGUGUGCCGCUGCUUCCUGCUGGGCCUGUGCCCGCACAACACGCUCGCCGGCACCAAGAUGGCCAUGGGCGCCUGCUCCAAGAUCCACAACUACGCGCUCAAGGCGGACUUCGAGAAGAGCUCUAGGAUGUACCGGCCGGGACAGCACCGCUUCUACGAUCUCAAGGUACGCAGCUGCCUGCAGAAGGUGAUCCGCUCGUGCAAGAUCUUGGACCGGGCCAAGAAGGGCCGCCUGACGCGGUGCCAGUCGACCGCGGGCAGCAAUCAUCAUGGCGACAAGGAGGGCACGCUCAAGUACUACGGCGACAUGAUGGACAAGAAGCUCAUCGAGGUCGAACAACUCGGCAACAAGGAGAAAGUGCAAGAGGCGCUCGCUGUCACCAAGGAGGUCGAGCUGCUCAAGCGGCGCCGAAACCGACCCGUGAGGAUGCUGGACCGCAAUUCCAACGAACUGGCCAAGGAGCAGAAGCAGAACAUCUGCGACGACUGCCAGCCCUGCAUCGGCCUCGACUACAACGAGCAACGCGCAUCGCCAACCACUCGAGCGGUCGGCUGCACAAUGCCACACUCGACAUGCGCCGAAAGAUCGUCGAGCUCGCUGCGAUCCUCAACAAGUCGCAGGUGUCGGGCGACUAGUUGCGCCUCGAAGCCGCGCAGCAGCAGUCGAAGCAGUCGAUGUCGUGGCUCGACCAGGACCAGGGCGCAUAGCUAUUCGCCCAGGUCGGGCAGAGGUCUAGCAGCAGCAGCAGCCGUAGCCGAAGUCGCAGCCGCAGGAGGUCCUACAGCUCCGACUCCUGCAGCAGCAGCAGGUUUUGGCCGCCUCCGUGGAGACCCAGCCCUCUAA